CGCAUUAUGGCGUCCAUCUAACCGUGGCAGUUGUGUUUUGGAAUUUAGUAAGAAACGGGGACGCGUUUUGUAAAUCUCGUCCCGUUUAUUUACGUUAAUAUUCCUCGGGAAUACGAACUUUACUUCUUCCUAAAACGUUUCGCGAAGUGAAUAAAGUUAAAAGUAUCCGGGAUGCGGAAACAAACCGCCCGGAAAGAAGAAGAGAAAAAAAAUUGUUUUAAAAAUAAUGUUAAAUAACGUUUGGUGGUGUAUUUCGAAACAUUUACAGCUUUCUUUUUAUUACUCCUAAUAAUUAUUUAUUAAAAUUUAGUGCUUUUUAACAAUUAGUGAUUUUUUUUAUUAUUUUUUUUCUCGGUCGGUAACAAGUAAAAAAAAAGAAAGUAAACAAAGUUUUUUUAAUGACAGCUGUCAAAUAGGAUUCGGUAAAAAAAUGUGUCACAAAGAUUAGAAAAUUGAGUAAGAAUUGCGGUUAUUUUGAACGGAAGAUGUUUUUAAUUAUUUAAUGCGAAAAGAAAAACGUGAAAUAGUGAUUUUAUUUGAAUGGUGAUGAUGAUGGAAAGUGAAGUGAGGGAUAUGGCUCAGAUGAAACGACAAAAAUUCACCGUUUUAGGUCGUGAUAAUAACGUUCCUUCCGUUCAUGGUAGACCCAAUUCGGUGACUAAUGUUCGUACGAGACUCAGUAAUCACCAAAGGAAUUUAAGUUUAGAUUUUAGAUCGAUGGGAAUCCUUUUACCACCUGUACCAUUAGUAACGAGCGUAACCAAUAACCAUUUAACGUUGCAUCACCGAAAUCGUAGUUUGGAUUCGGCUCUACAACGAAUUCCGGAAGUGGAUGUAACGCCGAGUCCCGAAUGCGAAACGGCAACCGUGACAUCAGAGAGUAAUCCUGCGACGGUGACGUCAACGUCGAAAACGGAAGUGGUUGUUUCGUCGUCAUCAAAACGCGACGAAUUGGCCAGUUUGGGUUCGGAUGAUUCGGGAAUUUUGUGCGGAAGCGAUAGUGGUUCGAGCGUAGAUACGAAUACGACCGCGACUAGCAGGGAAUCGAGUGUUGAACAUCUUUCGGACGCUUCCGAAAAAGACGAAGAGAAAGAAAUUGAUUAUCGGAGGUUGCAGCGGGAAAAAGAGGCGAAAGAAAAAUUCGAACACGAGAAACAACAACAGCAACAACAGAAUUUCGGGUUAUUGCGUUUGUUGGAGAGUAAAGUGUUUGAUGUGCCCAUGGCGAUGCAUUAUUUGUUUAAAAGCAAAGAGCCAGGCGUGCAAAGUUACAUAGCGAAUAGGAUGUUUGCUUUCGAGGACCAUGAAGUGGACUUUUAUUUGCCGCAGCUCGUUUGUAUGUAUAUUCAAAUGCAAGAUGUUGCUGAGGUUAUUCAUCCAUAUCUUAUUCAUAGAUGUCGAAAGUCGGUGGAUUUCUCCUUAAAAUGCGCCUGGUUAUUGGACGCCUACAGUUCCGACGCUUCAAUAUCCACAAAGAAAAAACCUUUAGGAAUCAAACUGCGCAAUUUAAUCCUUUCGGAAGAACUUCGACCCAAAGGACAAAAAAUCAGCAAUCCAAUCCCCCCCCAAAUCGAAUCCUGCAUUACAACAUUAACAACAUCAACUUUAACAAUCAAAAAAGCUCAUCAUCGAUCUCAAAGCGACGCCUCGGCUCUUUUGGCAACACCAUCCGGUUCAAUUCGCCGAGGAAAUAGCUCAACCAAAUUGUGUUUAGGAGAUCUAAGCUCAGGCAGGGCUUUCGAUAAUGGAUGUAUUUGCUUUGAAAGUUGUCAAGGGGUUGUUAAUGAUCUUAAAGGACAAAGAAUCGAUUGUGGAUGUAUGGCACCAAGAUUAGCACCGGAAUUAAAAUUCAUGGAAGCAUUGAUAUCGAUAGGCAAAGUAUUGAGUUCGAUUCCAACAAAAGAGGCAAAAACAACAAGAUUAGUGGCCGAAUUAACGACUUUAAAUUUAAAUUUGCCGGCGAGAGUGUGGUUGCCAUUAAACAGCGAAUCACCUCAUCAUAUCGUUCGGAUUCCACCUCAAGUUUCCGCAGUUUUAAAUUCAAAGGAUAAGGCUCCUUAUAUAGUUUAUGUGGAAGUAUUAGAAGUAGAUGAUUUGUAUACAUCACCAGUUCCCCCAAAAAUAAUGAACGCCCUUCGACAUACAAAGUCAGAAGAAAAUUUGGGUGGAGAUACCGCAUCAUUGUCCGCCUUUAGUAUGUGUGGGAUUAUUUGCGAUGAUAAUGAUCCCGAUUGGAGUCAAGAGGAUGAUGAAAUUACUCAACAGUACACCCAAUUGAAAAAACCGGUUGAUAGAGAUACAAUAUCGCAAUUGAGUCAAGAAUCGAGCGAUUCAAGAGAACCACCGCUUUUUAUAGCAGCGGGAGAAAUCCGAAGACGACUUUCGGAUUCAUUCCGGGAAGGUAAAAGUAAAACUUUUACCCACGAUCCUGAAGAUCCUUCAGCUGCCGCUUUGAAAGAACCAUGGAAAGAUAAAGAAAGAAGAGUUAGGGAAAGCUCCCCGUACGGUCAUAUGUCAAAUUGGAAAUUGUUAUCGGUUAUUGUAAAAUGUGGAGAUGAUCUUCGACAAGAAUUGAUGGCUUCGCAACUUUUGCAAAUGUUCAAGAAAAUUUGGACCAUGGAGAGGGUACCGCUUUGGGUUCACCCAUACAAAAUUUUAUGUUUAUCAAGCGAUAGUGGUUUAAUCGAACCAAUUUUAAACACCGUCUCGCUCCAUCAAAUUAAAAAGAACUCUCAACUAUCACUUUUGGAGUAUUUCACCAGAGAAUAUGGACCACAUACUUCCGAAGCGUUCCUAACUGCACAAAACAAUUUCGUGCAAAGUUGCGCAGCUUAUUGUCUUAUUUCUUAUUUAAUUCAAGUCAAAGACAGACACAAUGGAAACAUUUUAUUAAGUAGUGAUGGUCAUUUAAUCCAUAUCGAUUUCGGAUUUAUUUUGUCUACAUCACCAAGAAAUUUGGGUUUUGAAACGUCACCGUUUAAAUUAACAACGGAAUUCGUUGAAGUGAUGGGUGGAAUGGAUUCGGAUAUGUUUAAAUAUUUUAAAAUAUUGAUACUGCAAGGAUUAUUGGCAGCGAGGAAGCAUCAAGAAAUGAUUAUACCGUUAGUUGAAAUUAUGAGAUCUGGGUCGCAAUUGCCGUGUUUUAAAUCAGGCGCUGCAACCGUACAUAACCUAAAAAAUCGCUUCCAUUUGAAUAUGACGGAAGAGCAACUUCAAUUGGAAGUGGAUCGAAUGGUUGAAGCUAGUAUACAUUCGAUUUCAACGAAAUUGUACGAUAAUUUUCAGUAUUUCACAAACGGCAUACAAUCAUAACCUUAAAUGAAUCUGAUUUUUUUUAUGAUAACAUAAACAAAUUAAGAGUGUA